AGAAAUUCGCUGUCCUCCACUUCCGAUCGUAAGCUACGCAACAGUGAUUCCAAGUAAUUGUAACGGCCAGUCAAUGAGAUUUUCUUCAGUCUGCACAUUUUCAUGUCCUGAUGGCUUUACUACCGAUGUUACUGCACCCCAGAAAGCUUCGAGAUCUUUAACGUGUCAGCUGACUGGCGAAUGGGACGCUCAAGCUCCUCAAUGCCAUGGUAAGCGUUUUCCAGUCCCCUUUGUGUUUGAGGCAGGAGUCCAUAACCGGGAGCAAGCAACUUCCAUGCGCUCGUGUCACGGUGUUUUCACGGACCAGUUUAUUUUUAGAACGUUUUUGAAGCAAAUUUUGAAUAUCUUUUAAAUUCCACAAACCAGUGGGCAAAACCUAUACAGACCUAAAACUAAUAUUUUUUGCCUUUUAAUAACGCUUAGCUGACCUUUUUGAUAUCUUAUACUUCGAAUACGCUCAUAAACAUGCUGAACAUUCUAUUCUCGCAGGAAAAAGCGCCUUAAAUUAUGUCUAACAAAAAAAAAAAUGAUCCGUAAAAAGGCCGUGACAUAGGCCUAGCAUGGCAGUUGCUUGCUCCGGCUUUGGGUUUCUGUUUGAGGUUUUCUUUUGAGGCACACUGACAUUCAUUGGAUACCAAAAUUGGAAAAUUGGAUAGUACUAUUCAAAUCAGUUAUCCGCGCUUGAAAUUUAAAAGCAAAACUUUCGUCAUUUUUUUGGUUUAUUAUAUAAUCAAUUCUUUUGCUUGUUCAGUAAGAAAUGCUAGAAACAGUGCAAGGCCAACCUGUUUUACGGGCAGGUCCCCUUUGUAAAUAUGAAAAAAGGGCUUGAUAUCAAUGGAUUUGAAACUUCCAGCAAGUGCUUCAAACUAUAAAUGGACAUGAGCAAUUAAAACUUAAAAAAAAAGUUCAUGUAAUAAACGCUGGCACCACUUUGAUUCAAACAAGGAAAGGUAAGCAAACAGAACUUCAUUUUAAAGAAUACGAGACAAUGAGAUGCACCACUUAUUAAUUAAUUUCAAUAAAAGACUUCAUUUGUUUAUGAAAUCAGGAUCAUGUUUAUUUUAGUUCAUGUGAUUAUCCAUUAACUUUGAGCAUAGACUGUAGCCUGCGUAACAUGGCGGUUUUGGUUGGGCCGGCGAAGUAAUAAAGGUGGGCUAAGGCGCAAAGAAACCGCAAGGAGAUUGGGGCCGGAGCAACGAAAAAACUCUCUAUCUUUUUCUUCAAAUCAGUGAGGGGAGUGCACGCGCGUGCGAGUGUUAAGAGGCGAAGCAGCGAGAUGCUAGAAAAUAGAGCGGCAGCCCGAGAAGUCAGUCACGCGCGUGUUUAUUUUCGAAUCUCGCGCGUUUCCCUCAAAUGACUGAGAAAAACUGGUCAAAGUAGCUACCGCUCGUAGUCUACUCUGAGCAAUGCUAUUGAUUGUUUUUAGAAUCUAGGCUGUCAACUUACAAGUCAUGUAGAAUUUAGGACUUAGUAUCCAUUUUAACCACAUCCUUUAAUGUCCUUUGUUUGCAUAACCGCCUUUUUCGCAUCUAAAUAUAUUUAGGAAUUAAAUUUUUCUAAUUUACAGAUUAUCAGUCCCCAACGUUAUCGUGUCCUGGACCUCACAUAAUAGGUGAUACAACCAAAGGAAAAGCGACAGGAAAGGUAUCAUGGAAUAUCCAGGUGACAGACAACUCUGUAAUCGUGGAUCCCAAUGCGGAGAUAAAUGUAUACUCAACUCAUCAGCCUUCUCAAGAACUUCCUAUUGGUGCGACUGGCGUUCAGGUUACUGCUCGUGACUUCACAGGAAAUACAGCAACGUGCAGUUUUAUGGUUUACAUUAAAGGUUAAUAGAUAGAAAGUGAAAAACUUCAGGCCUCGUCCACUCGUAUCCCGAUAUAUUUUGAAAAUGGAUAUUUUUUUCUCCAAUUUUGAAAAAGGUAGCUUCUCUUACUGGGCAUGCCCUGUACGAUGUAUGACAUUAUCGUAUUCGAAAAAGUCCGUGUUUCGACCGUAUACACUACUCUGGGGACUGCUUUCAAAACCCCAGCGAAUUUUUGACGCCCGAAAAAGCCGUUUGAUCGGAAGGCUAAAACCGAGAAAAAUAAAUAAAUAAUAAUAACAAUAAUGAUAAUAAUAAUAAUAAAUAUCCGGAUACGUGGGCCUGAGAGUCUUCGGCGAGUGAUUUCAAGCUUCUCUUGUGUUCUUCCAACAUAAAUAUUUUCUACGGGGUACGACUUUACAAAGUUAAAUUGCUAAACUAAAAAUCAUACAAUAUUCAUUACUCAAUUGAGGGACGACCGGUCAUUAUGUAUCGCCUGGAGGAGAAGGGGGGGGAGGGGGUGCAGAGGAUUUUUGUUGCGACAACGGAGCACUUACGUGAUCUUACGUGUUGUACGGAUCGUUAAUGCGUGGAAUAACUUGCCUAAAGAUGUUGUACACGCAAGAUCGCUGACUUUAUUUCGCAUCAGAUUAGGAUUAAUAUAAACAUUGAUUAAUACGUUUGUAAACAGUUUCAAUUAUGAUAUGCAAAUUAUGUUUUUUACUAUUUUUUAGGUUUUAGAUUUUUCUCUCUGUUUAUAAUGUUUUAGAUUCUAUAUUUUAUCUUUUUAUAUUUUAUCUUGGUGAAUCUUUUAUAUAGGGUUAACUUCUAGAUUUCCCCUUUCGAGAGAUAUUUUGUAACUUUAGUUUUUAUCUCUUGAAUAAAGUAUUGUAUUGUAUUGGAAUGGUUACUCGGAAACUGAAAAAUGCACCUAAAAAGGGUCCGCAGGGAGAGCAAAGAGAGACUACUCGUAGUCUACUGUUUGGCCAAAGCACCUACUAUCUACUAAGUGCGUGGUAGUGUGAGUAGCGAGCCGCCGUUUGGAACAAAAACGAAACAAUUGGCAACUUCUUUGUAAUAAAAAGUUUUCUGAUGUUUAACGGAACGAGGAAGAAGUUAGACGCUGUUCCAUAAAAUGCUAUAGCGGCCUUAAUAAACGGAAUGAAAAUUUCCAUCGGUCCACGCGCACUUCCUUUUUUUCUUUUCCCCAACCCCUUCGCGCGUUUUCCGUUUAUUUUUCUCUUCUUUCCAACCUUCCUACAACACAAAAAGGCCUCUGUGGGGAAGAGAGUAGUAUGCGCAUGCCCUUUGUCUCGUACGAUGGAUAUCUUGACCUUUUCUUUUACAAUGUCAUUUAACUUUAGAUAUUGAAGCACCUAUCAUCAAGCAGUGUCCAGGAGAUAUUGUCCGAGAAGAGGAAGACAGAGAAGUGAGAGUACACUGGACGAGACCAGUUUUCUCCGACAAUUCGGGAAGUGUCGCGGUCGUCUCAAACAGACAAAUAGGAGAACUAUUUGCUGUCCCCGGCACCUAUCAAAUUGUGUAUACCGCAAGCGACCUGUCAAAUAAUCAGAACAAAAAUUGUUCAUUCAGGAUAACACUGAAAAGUAAGAUUUACUCAUUCUUAAGUUACUAAAUUUUCAGCACUGUUUCACGAACUGCGCUGCUAUACUGAUAAUCACAUACAGACUUUUAGUUGCAAGUUUUCACUUUUCUAUGCGAGUAGUUUUAGUGCAAUAAGUUUCAUGGCAUUGAGACUAUUUUGAAAAAAAGUAAUAACACAUUUGAUAUUUUUAACACAAGACAUGUUAUCAAAAGGCAGUUCUUCUGCUUAGACCAGUUAAAUCAACAACUGCAACAGCCACAAGCAGAAACCAGAGUAUAGAUAUGGCGAUAAUAAUGUAAGUGUAAAAAAAUAGGUAAGGAGAGCCUGAAUAUAAAUACAUUUAUUAAACAAUGUUAAAAUAUCAACAAGAAAACUAAGGAACAAUGGAUAUAUUAAACAAAGGCUGGAAUUGACGUGCUGUAAUUGCUAAGUCGGCCUACUUUUGUCGUUCCCAUUGAGGGGCAGAAGCAAGGGGAGGAUCUAUGGCUUAGAAAAACCAUGAAUGUAUAACGCAGAUGGAGAAUGAAAAUAAUUGGCUUCAACUAGCUGGACAAGCUGGACCCCGUCAGACAAAAAUUCCUUGAUCCGACCCUGAAGAGACGAUUUACGUUUGGAUUACAUCUUGAUUCGGUCGGUCAAUUGUUUCAUUUAUACAUUAUUAGUCGGACUGAACUAAGUUAACAUUGUUGUUUUUCUCUAAACCCAAAUUUUCAAUGUUUUAAACCUUUAAGCUAAACAAUCAGGGGAAACAAGUUUUGUUGUGUUUUCUUGCAGAAAAAACGUGUCCUUUAUACCCGCCUCCUAAAAACGGAGCCCUAGCGUGCGUUAGUAACGGUGGUGAUAAUACUUGUGCGGUCAUGUGUCAGACUGGUACUGACUUUGAGUUUAACGUCCCAUUACUGUACUUCUGUUCAGCUGGACAGUGGAAUUUCUAUUCGCUCCCUCACAUGUCUUUCAGUUCGACUUUACCCUGGCCAAACUGUACUGGUAAGAGCUCUUAAUAAUUCUUUUUUCCAGUCCUCUUGAGUAGCCUGUCCCAGCCAAACUCUCGGUCAGUGAAGACGAGCGAAAAGAGCGACUGGCAGUAAAAAAGCGAGCGAGCAAAAAUAUCCUCCUCUUUCCUAAGCCCCCACCGGGUUUUGCGCAAUUUUCUCGAUCCGCUUUCCCCACUAUCUUGGAACCUGGAACAGGCUACCUCUUGAGAGCUUAGUUUUUUAGAAUUACCACCUUAUGCAGUACCAAUAUAUGCACUGAAGCACUAGUAAGUACCAAUUAAUUAGGGUGUCCCAUUUUGGUCUUAUACACAGGUCUACUUAUCGUAUUGAAAAACAGAUCAAGAUAUGUCCGAUCUGUUAAGUCAUACUACAAUUCAAGACUCUUGAAGUUUCAAUAGCAACAAACCUGUAGAGGAUUUACAAUCUUGGGAAAUUUGUACUUUACACUUUUGCUCAAACACACGAUGUGAUAUCGAAACGUAACUUUUAAAAUAUGACAAAUAACGUGAUGACUAACAUGGCUGACAAAUUUCAGUCCCACAAUUUCUGUUUAUGCCGUGUCUAGAUGACUCAGUUUUUUUAAUUCCUUUUUUUUAUCUAAUAUGGUUCAUCUUUAUCAAUGCGUUCAUCAUUUUCGCAGUUCAUUCAUUUCUUUGUUUGGGUUUGUGCCACUAAAAUCAGUAUAUGUAAAGCAAGCUAGAAGUUUUUUUCCGUUUAAGACAAUAACAGAUAACUAUAAGGUCUUUUUAAGUUACAGUUAUAUAAGAUCCGGAAUAACCAUGUGAGAAAGCCAGAUGCCAUUGUUUUAAAGUUCUUUUGAAAUGGGACUUAACUUUUUUUCAUUUUCAUUUUCUUUUUCUUUUUUUUUUUAAUGCAGCUGGGGUGAAUCCAUCGUCAUCGAUCAAGUCGUGGAGCGAGCAAUAUCACUACUUUGAUGGAGAUGCGCAUGAUCUUAACGUCCAAGUCUCCAUCAAAGACAAGUUCUACCAGUUGUUGACGGCGCCCUAUGUUCCUCCUUUCUUUUGCUUGUUUAACCCCAGUUCAUGCUCGCAGCAGGAUAUCUUCGUUUCUCCUGGGAUUAAAGGUAAAUCUCAAAUCCUGCAAGCGAUACAACUAUCAAGACCCCUGAUUAUGUGGAAACCAAACUAAACCAUUGAUAUAAUUAUAAACCUCAGUUCUAUGUAGGCAGUUGUGAUUGUCCCAUCCUCCUGGAUCGUCUUACAUCGCAUCAUAAGCCCCUAACAAAGCCCAGCUCACACUGCAAACAUUGGCUGAUGACUCUGGUUUACGAACUUGUUAGUUUAGAUGCACCGUCUAAGCGGCAAAAUGAAGCGUUAUAAUAAUUUCCUUAUCUUGCUUUGUAAAAAGUAAAGUGCGGUGAAGGAGUUAUAUUUUUACUCAACUUUUUAUGUAUUUGUUUUCUCUUAAUGACAGGUUGAUUCCAGUGGUUUUGAAGCAAACUGAAGCGAAUAUAGAGGUCGCUAAAGGCGCACUUUAUUUACGUCC